CUAGACCAACACGGUCCCAGAGCACAGCUCAGCUGCUGCAGCCUUCCGGGGGUCUCCAGGCUUCGGUUAUCUGCAACAUCGUGCUGAUGAAGGGGCAGGCCAAGGGCCUGGGCUUCAGCAUUGUUGGGGGAAAGGACAGCAUCUAUGGCCCCAUUGGAAUUUAUGUCAAAACCAUCUUUGCCGGGGGAGCAGCGGCGGCUGAUGGGAGACUGCAAGAAGGUGAUGAAAUUCUGGAACUCAAUGGCGAAUCAGUGGCUGGCCUAACACAUCAGGAUGCUUUGCAGAAAUUUAAGCAAGCCAAAAAGGGGCUCCUCACGCUGACCGUGCGCACGCGCCUGACGGCCCCGCCCUCCCUGUGCAGCCACCUGUCCCCGCCGCUCUGCCGCUCCCUGAGCUCCAGCACGUGCGCCACUAAGGACGGCAGCGCCUUCGCCGUGGAAAGCCCCGUGACGCCCGCCAGCACAGUCAAGUCCAAUUACAGGAUCAUGGUGGAGGUGUCGCUGAAGAAAGAGGCUGGCGUCGGCCUGGGCAUCGGCCUGUGCAGCAUCCCCUACUUCCAGUGCAUCUCCGGCAUCUUCGUUCACACACUCUCCCCAGGAUCUGUGGCGCAUCUGGACGGAAGGCUUCGGUGUGGUGAUGAGAUCGUGGAGAUCAACGACUCGCCAGUGCACUGUAUGACGCUCAAUGAAGUCUACACCAUUCUGAGCCACUGCAGCCCUGGCUCCAUCCCCAUCAUUGUUAGCCGACAUCCAGACCCACAGAUCUCUGAACAGCAACUCAAAGAAGCGGUGUCCCAGGCUGUGGAGAACGUCAAGUUUGGAAAGGAGAGGCAUCAGUGGAGUCUGGACGGUGUCAAAAGGCUAGAGAGCAGCUGGCAUGGGCGGCCAACCUUGGAGAAGGAGCGGGAGAAGAAUUCUGCACCCCCACAGCGCAGGGCUCAGAAGAUCAUGAUUCGUUCCAGCAGUGACAGCAGCUACAUGUCGGGGUCCCCAGGAGGGAGUCCCCACAGGGGCAGCAAUGAGCAGCAGGCCCCUGACCUGGAACUGAGCACACACAGUGCCACCCGGAACUGCGGACAGGAGACCCAGGUGCUGUCCUCAGCAGCACCCAGAAUGCCCCAGGAGAGCCCACCCCUCCUUGGAAACCAGGAUGGCCACCCACCAUUGAGACUGAAGAAAUCCUUUGAGAUUUUAGUGAGAAAGCCCACAUCCUCCAAGCCCAAGCCUCCACCCAGAAAAUACUUCAAAUGUGACCUUGGCCCCCAGAGGAGCCCGGAAGAGGGAGAGACCUCCGUGCACUCUUCUGGGCACACCGAGCCCAACAGUGGUCAGGAAGCAAGAGAGCCGCUGCCACCUCAGCCUCAACAGGAAGACGCAGCAGGGGGAACCCCCGGCACCCUUGCCUGCUGCCCUGGACCCGGAGCUGCCCAGAAGGUGACAGCCUCCCCAGAGAGUGAGCCUGUCACGAGAGCCAACCCAGCUCACCAACCAUCCCCAGGAAGACACCCGCUGCUGAAGAGGCAGGCUCGGAUGGACUAUAGCUUUGACGCCACCACAGAAGACCCUUGGGUUAGAAUUUCUGAUUGCAUCAAGAACUUGUUCAGCCCCAUCAUGAGUGAGAACCAUGGCCACAUGCCGCUACAGCCCCACAGCCAGUUGGGUGAAGAUGGGACACAGGGCCACCCAGAUGGACCCCCACCGAAGGCGGAUGCUUCCAACGGGGCUCCCAAAGGUUACAAGGCAGCAGACAGCAGCCCGGUGAAGAAGGGGCCCCCUGUGGCCCCCAAGCCAGCCUGGUUUCACCAGAGCUUGAAAGGUUUGCGGAACCGCGCUCCAGACCCCAAAAGGCUGCCCAGCGCCGCUCCGUGCACCCAGCCGACACCGGCACCCAGGGGACUUCCUGGGCCGCACUCUCAGGCCUCCUCCUCCAUCAAGCAGAGGAUCAGUUCUUUUGAAACCUUUGGCGUCUCUCAACUUCCUGAUAGAGGAGCCCAGCGAGCAAGCAUCCAACCUACCUCUGGAGAGGCGGCGAAACCUCUGGGAAAGGGAGAAGGAGGCCGGGGCUGUGGCCUCUUGGUGCGAGGGACUCCGUCCAGUGUGGAGCAACAGCUGCCAGAGAAAGAGCAGCUGCCACCGGGCCCCCUUGCAGCCUCAGAGGGGCCUGUGCCCCCACCCGCAGGGCCGAAGCCCACUCCAAAGAUCCUCCCCACUGACCCUGACCUCCUCCUGAGGCUGCUCUCAGCACCGACUGAGCAAUCACAGGGCCCUGUGGUCAAGACCCCGGGCCAGCGGGCACGGAGCUUCCCUCUGACCAGGACCCAGUCCUGUGAGGUGAGGCCAUCGGAGGAGAAGACCAGCAAACUCUACUCCAUCAGCAGCCAAGUGUCCUCGGCUGUCAUGAAAUCCUUGCUGUGCCUUCCAUCGUCAGUGUCCGGGGGCCAGUCGCCCCGCAACCCCAAGGAUGGGGAGCCUCCACUGCCACUGCCCAACGAAAGUCCGGCGGCCAGCAGUCCUGCCACCACGCCUGCCCCGGACACGGGGUUCUCACUCAACCUUUCAGAGCUCAGAGAAUACACGGAGGGCCUUGCGGAGCCCAGGGAAGCGGAUGCCUGGAACCACAGUCCCCCUCCACCUGGCCAGUCGGUUCUCGCCCUCCUGAGCACAGAGGAGCUGAAGGAGCUCAUAGAGGAAGUGAAGGUUCUGGAUGAGGCCACCUUAAAGCAAUUGGACAGCAUCCAUGUCACCAUCUUGCACAAGGACGAAGGGGCUGGCCUUGGGUUUAGCUUAGCAGGAGGAGUGGAUCUGGAGAACAAGGUGAUCACGGUUCAUCGUGUGUUCCCCAAUGGGCUGGCCUCGCAGGAAGGGACUAUUCAGAAAGGCAACGAGGUCCUGUCCAUCAACGGGAAGUCGCUCAAAGGGGCCACACAUACGGACGCCCUGGCCAUCCUGCGCCAAGCUCGCGACCCUCGGCAAGCUGUGGUUGUCACCAGGAGGCCAGCUCUGGAGGGCACGCCUGACCUGGACUCCUCCACCGACUCAGUAGCCUCAACUUCUGUAGCCAGUGAGGCUGCCGUGGAUUCCGCAGAGGCGCCAGUCUGCAGAGUGACCCUGGAGAAGACUUCGGCGGGGCUGGGGUUCAGCCUGGAAGGAGGAAAAGGUUCACUCCACGGAGACAAGCCUCUCACUGUCAACAGGAUUUUCAAAGAGAACCCCGUCUAACACAUGCAGUUUUCAGCAGAAGCUGGGGUAGCGUGGGGAGUAUUCCAGCCAACUCUGCUAGAAGGAGGUCUGCUCGCCCAUCCUUCUUGGUCAUUGGAAUGCGGUCUGACCAGAGUUUGGCAGCCACAGGAAUCCUGCCCUGGCCUCCAGAGCUGAGGACAAGGAAAUGCCCAAGGGAAAGGAGCAUCUUCUCUUCAGAUCCCAAGGUGCAAAGGUGGGCAGCUUGCUCAGUGCAGAAUCACUUGCAACGAGAGCUGACCCUCAAAGCUGUAGAUCUGACCAAGGAAAGAUGCAAAAUGCCCGGUUUUCCUAAGGGCAUGGGAGUUAACUCCUGGAGGGAAAACAACGAAUCUGAAUGGAAGAUAUUAACAAAAGGAACGUAGCUAUCCAAUUUUGUAAACCACAAUUUUCCAAGUUGACAUCUUUCUGAGGAGGGAAAAUGUUGCCCAGUGUCAAACAAAUACACCCCAGGCACAGGUCAGAGAGAGCUCUCGGUGGUGCAAAUGCAGCAGCACCUGGUUCUUUGUGACAAAGAGGGAAACACAACUCUGCUAGUGGCCGGCAGACAAAGGUUUGGACCAGAGUGCAUCACGUGGAGCCUUGACAGAGUCCCUAUCCGGGGGCCAGAGGCUUCGGUCCACCAUGUUCAGGGAGCUGUGCUCGGACAGCAGGCAGAGAGAAGGCUGAGCACACAGACCGCCCACCCCAAGCAACCCCUGCCUGGAAGGCAAGGCUCCAAAGGGCGAAAUAGACCCUCAGCUUCUCCCAGGAUCUUGGACAUCCUUCCACCUGGAGCUCCUCCAUCCAUAGGAUAAGUCCUUCGACAACCAGUGACAGUGUCAGUCUUGGUGGUUAGUCACUGCUUUCUGAAGGUUGGCGUAAAAUCCAGCCAUGCUGCGGGGGAAGAAGGAUUCCACUACUUUCUGUGGGAGGUAACCGCUGAGGUCGGUGUGGAAGAAUGUGACCACGUGGGUUUUGUCGGGCUCCCUGUAAAAACAAAAGCACACCUGUGUCCGCUUCUGCAGCAAAGGCCUGGGGACAAGUAUCCGCAUGGGCCAGGGGAGCCCAGCCCAGUCCCAGAGAGCCAUACACAAUGGGCUCAUCUAAUCUCUAACUCACCCUCCAGGAUGCCCUGUGUACCUGCUUAUUCUCUGGACAGCCACUUUCCACCUUUCAUCUGGUGGAUACCCUACACGGCUGGCCUCCCAGGCCCACAGCAGGGAGCUCUCAAGCCAAGGAAACUCACAGUGACCCAACAGAGCAGGGCAGAACUGUCCCUGUGGGUUUCCGAGACUGUAACUCAAUAUGAA